GUUUGUACUCAAGCAUUUCUUCGGUUUGUUUUAUUUAUUUUUAUGUUUUAAUAUGUUUUUAUAUUUUAUUUUAUUUUUGCACUUAUUUGUUUUUCGUAUUAAUUUUUCAGCAAUAACAGUCUGCACGGAAACGAUCAUAUCUGGAGUUCCAGGAGUCCGAUUGAGGCGUUCUAAUAAUCGCCGGAAAGCUAAGAGAAAGAGCUACAAUUCUUAUGUUUGAGUCAAAGUCAGAAUCGGACUGUAGAAGGGCCAGAAUUUGCGUUGAAGUUGCUGCACUAGCUUUAGUUAAGUUUCGGGUUAAUUGGUUUUGGGCCUGGGUCGUAUGUUUGACCCAGUUGGAUUGUAAAACGGGUCGUGGCUUUGACUUAGGUUAGGCAGCCGCGGUUACUGUUCAUCCAUCUUCCAUUCACGAAUUUUAGAGAGCUUUUCACGAUUUGCUAUGGAGAACUAAACCAUCCGGACGGAUUUACUGUAUUCAGGGACAUAGUUGGCAUUUUCACGAUUGUUGCUGCAUUGCUGUGCACUAGUCCUGGCUACUAGGUCUUCCUGUCCUGAACUUGUUGCUUUUGAUCCUGAGGUAGAGAGAACCUUGCACACACUUCGUAGAGCAGGCCAGGCUAGCAAUAGUUCACCUUCACCGACCAUAGCUGAGUCUGAUUCCGAGACUGAUUAUUUGCAUAAUUUGUUUGAUUCUGAUUCUGAACUUGCUUUUGAAAUGGCUGAAAAUAGAACUCUAAGGCAACUUGCAGCCCCUGAUGUUAAUUAUAAUGGCUUGUGUAUUGAAUAUGAUGCUGUUGCUGUUCCUUUUGAAUUAAAAUCGGGUUUAAUACACUUGUUGCCAAAGUUUAAUGGUCUUGCAGGUGAAGAUCCACACAAACAUUUGAAGGAAUUCCAGGUGGUGUGCUCUACACCAUUGAAGCCUGAAGGGAUCACUGAAGAUCAUAUCAAACUUCGUGCUUUUCCUUUUUCUUUGCAGGGUGCAGCUAAGGACUGGAUAUAUGAUCUUGAACCGAAUUCAAUCACAAGCUGGAAUGCUCUGAAGAGAGUGUUCUUGGAGCGAUACUUUCCUGCCUCUAGAGCUGCUUCAAUCCGAAAAGAAAUAUGUGGCAUUAGACAAGACAACGAGUCAUUGGCUGAAUAUUGGGAUAGGUUCAAGAAGUUGGUUUCAAGCUGCCCUCAACAUCAGAUUACCGAGCAACUUCUCAUUCAGUACUUUUAUGAGGGGUUGUUACCUAUGGAUAGAAACAUUCUUGAUGCUGCUAGUGGUGGAGCACUUGUUGACAAAACUCCAGCUGCUGCCAGAGCCCUCAUUGAAAAUAUGUCCUUAAACUCCCAGCAGUUCACCACUCGAACCAAUUCUGUCCAGACCAAGGGUGUACAUCAAAUUCAAGGUUCCUCGAACAGAGCUUUAGAAACCAGACUUGAUGAGCUGACCGCUCUAGUCAAACAACUUGCAGUAGCGAAACCUCAAACAGCAACUGUAUGUGGUAUUUGUACAGCUCAUGAUCACCCCACUGAUACUUGUCCUCUUCUGAAAGAUGAUACUGUUACCGAGCUGCCUCAAGCUUACGCAGCCAACCUUUACAACCAGAACAGGUACAACAACACCCCUGACUUGUCUACCAACAAAUAUCACCCCAAUUGGAGGAAUCAUCCCAACCUUCGAUAUGGAAAUCAGCAGCCUUCCCAACAACAGCUUACCGUUCCAUUACCCCAGCCACAUCACACCCCUCCAGCUACUACUUCCGGACCAUCCUUGGAAGAUCUUGUUAAGCAAAUGGCCGUGAACAACCUUCAGUUUCAACAAAGAACCGACACUAGCAUUCAGACCUUGACCACACAGAUGGGGCAACUUGCUACUCAAAUAAAUAAUAUGCAAGCUCAAGGUUCGAACCAACUUCCAGCACAAACUGUUGUCAAUCCGAAUGGUAAUGCUAAUGUGAGCGCUAUUUCUUUGAGAUCCGGAAAGGUUACAGAACCAGCCCCUGAAAAAAAUAAAAAAAUCAUUGAGGUAACUUCUGAACUCUCUUCUUCUGAACCUCCUCCAGCUGAGCUUUCUUCUCCUUCUUCUGUUGUGGUCGGAACUGAAAAAAAUAAAGAAAAGGAGUAUGUGCCACCAGUUCCUUUCCCACAUAGAGUUCUGAAAAAUAAAAGAAUUGAGGAAGGAGACAAAGAAAAAGAAAUUCUGGAUAUGUUCAGAAAAGUAGCGGUAAAUAUUCCGCUUCUUGAUGUGAUUAAGCAGGUUCCAAGGUAUGCAAAGUUUCUGAAGGAUUUGUGUACAAACAAGAGAAAAGUAAAAGGAAGUGAUAGAGUCAACUUGGGAAGAAGCAUCUCUGCUUUCAUUCAGCCCGAACAAAGUGUUUCGGCCAUCUCUCAGGUCUUGCCACAAAAGUGCAAGGACCCGGGAACUUUUACUAUUCCUUGUACCAUCGGGGAUAAGAAAUUUGAUAAUUGUUUGCUUGAUUUAGGAGCGGGCAUUAAUGUUAUGCCUACUUCUAUUUAUAAUAACCUUUGCCUUGGUCCCAUGCAGCAUACAGGUUUAAUCGUUCAACUGGCGAACAGGAGCAAUGCACGUCCCACCGGCAUAGUGGAAGACGUCCUCGUUCAAGUUAACGAUUUAAUUUUUCCUGCAGAUUUUUACAUUCUGGACAUGGAAGGAGAAACAAAGUCAAGCAGAGCUCCCAUCAUCUUAGGCAGACCGUUCAUGAAAACGGCGAAGACAAAAGUUGAUGUUGAUGAUGGAACCAUGUCCAUGGAAUUUGGUGACAUCGUCGCAAAAUUUAAUAUCUUCGAUGCCAUGAAACACCCUGUGGAGGAGCAUUCGGUUUUUAAUAUUGAGUUGAUUUCUGAAUUAGUUGAUGAGAGUUGUUCUGAAUUAUUUGCACUUGAUUUUCCAUCUCUCUCUGAUUUUGAUGAUAAUUAUUCAUGUCCUGAUUGCACUGACACUAACGUUUGUGUCCUUUGUGCUGAGAUUGAUGCUUCCUUGCAGCCUGAUACAUUUCCUUCAGGUGAAGUUGUUACCGAUGAGGUUGUUUUUGCCGUCGAUGCUCUUGACAUCCCGGCUGCCCCAAGCCUUCCAUCCAUCAUUCAGCCCCCGUCCUUAGAGCUAAAAGAGCUCCCUGGAAACCUGAAAUAUGCUUACUUGGAGCAUAAUGAAAAACUUCCUGUUAUUAUCUCUUCUAACCUUGAUUUAAAUCAAGAAGACAGACUUUUGCAGGUAUUGAAGAGGCACAAGAAAGCAAUCGGGUGGACAUUAGCCGACCUUCCAGGUAUUAGUCCUUCGAUGUGCAUGCACAGGAUUUUACUUGAGGAUGGAGCGAAAACAGUAAGGCAGCCCCAAAGGAGGCUUAAUCCUUUGAUUCUUGAUGUUGUAAAGAAAGAGGUAACCAAACUCUUGCAAGCAGGUAUCAUUUAUCCUAUCUCUGACAGUAAGUGGGUAAGUCCAGUGCAGGUUGUACCUAAGAAAUCUGGACUCACAGUGGUAAAAAAUGAAAAGAAUGAACUUGUUCCCACUAGAGUCCAGAACAGCUGGAGAGUUUGUAUUGAUUACAGGAGACUGAACCAGGCUACUAGAAAGGAUCACUUUCCUUUGCCGUUCAUUGACCAGAUGCUUGAACGGCUAGCUGGUAAAUCACAUUAUUGUUUUCUUGAUGGUUUUUCAGGUUACUUUCAGAUUCAUAUUGCACCUGAAGAUCAAGAAAAGACUACUUUCACGUGCCCAUUCGGUACAUUUGCUUACAGGAAGAUGCCUUUUGGCCUCUGCAAUGCUCCUGGCACUUUCCAACGAUGCAUGAUGAGUAUUUUCUCUGAUUUUAUUGAAAAUUGCAUGGAAGUGUUUAUGGAUGACUUUACUGUUUAUGGUUCUUCUUUUGAUGCAUGCUUGAACAGUUUAAGCUUGAUUUUAGAAAGAUGCAUCGAGACUAACCUUGUGUUGAAUUAUGAAAAGUGUCAUUUUAUGGUUGAGCAGGGAAUUGUUCUUGGUCAUAUUAUUUCUGAAAAAGGAAUUUCUGUUGACCCUGCUAAGAUUGAUGUGAUUUCUACACUGCCUUACCCUUCUUGCAUUCGCGAGAUUCGUUCUUUUCUUGGUCAUGCAGGUUUUUACAGGCGUUUCAUCAAGGAUUUCAGCAAGAUAGCUCUUCCGCUGUCGAACUUGUUAAAGAAUGACGUCACUUUUGAUUUUGAUGACAAAUGCAAACAAGCGUUUGACUUCUUGAAGAAAGCAUUGACCUCUGCUCCCAUCAUUCAGCCCCCUGAUUGGACACUUCCUUUUGAGCUUAUGUGUGAUGCUUCCAAUUAUGCAGUUGGGGCUGUCCUUGCACAAAGAGUUGACAAGGCUGCCCAUGUUAUUUACUAUGCUUCUAGGACUUUAGAUUCUGCACAGUCUAAUUACACUACCACUGAAAAAGAACUUCUAGCUAUUGUUUUUGCUCUUGACAAAUUCAGAUCUUAUUUGCUAGGUUCCAAGGUUGUUGUUUUUACUGACCAUGCAGCUUUAAAGUACUUGCUGAAGAAGCCGGAUGCAAAACCGAGAUUAAUUCGGUGGAUGUUGCUGCUCCAAGAGUUUAAUGUCGAGAUUAAAGACAAAAGUGGAGCUGAGAACUUAGUGGCUGACCACUUGAGCAGGAUAGAGAGAGAUGAAGACCCUUUUCCUAUUCAGGAUGACUUUCCUGAUGAGCAGUUGUUUCUUUUGCAUGGGAUUACACCUUGGUUUGCUGACAUUGUUAAUUUUCUUGUUGCUGGUGUUUUUCCUACAGGUGCAUCUAGAUCACAGGUUCACAAACUCAAAAGUGAUGCCAAAUAUUAUGUUUGGGAUGAUCCAUAUCUAUGGAAGUUUGGUAGUGAUCAGGUAAUCAGGAGAUGUGUCCCCGACAAUGAGAUUGAAUCUAUUUUAAAAUUUUCUCAUGCAUCUCAAGUCGGCGGACAUUUCGGUCCUCAAAGGACUGCAAGAAAGGUCCUUGAUUCAGGCUUCUAUUGGCCAACUAUUUUUAAGGACGCUUUUGAGAUUUAUCGCACUUGUAAAGAGUGCCAGAUAGCAGGUACCAACAUCACUCGCAAGAGUGAAAUGCCUCAACAGCCUAUGCUUUUCUGUGAGGUAUUUGACGUAUGGGGGAUCGAUUUCAUGGGUCCCUUUCCUGUAUCAUUUGGUUUCCUUUACAUUUUGCUUGCUGUUGACUAUGUUUCAAAGUGGGUGGAAGCUAUCCCCACUAGGACUAAUGAUUCUAAAGUUGUUGCAGAGUUUGUCAGGUCUAAUAUCUUUUGCAGGUUUGGAAUACCGCGAGCUAUCAUAAGUGACCAAGGCACUCAUUUCUGUAACCGCACCAUGGAAGCCUUACUCCGAAAGUAUGGAGUUGUGCACAGAGUCUCUACUGCAUAUCACCCACAGACUAAUGGGCAGGCUGAGAUCUCAAACAGGGAGAUCAAACAGGUUUUAGAGAAAAUGGUGCAGCCAAACAGGAAAGACUGGAGCCGUCGUCUAGAAGACGCACUUUGGGCUCAAAGGACAGCUUUCAAGACACCCAUUGGGAUGUCUCCUUAUCGACUUGUUUUUGGUAAGGCAUGUCAUCUUCCUGUUGAGAUAGAACACCGUGCUUUUUGGGCGGUGAAGAGUUGUAAUUUGGAGAUGCAACAAGCAGGUAUUGAAAGAAAACUCCAAUUACAACAGUUGGAAGAGCUUAGAUUAGAGGCUUAUGAGAGCUCUAGGAUUUAUAAAGAGAAAACUAAGCACUUCCAUGAUAAAAUGAUUUCUAGGAAGGAAUUUUCUGUGGGCCAACAGGUUUUACUGUUUAACUCCCGCCUUAAGCUAAUGGCUGGGAAACUUCGAUCCAAAUGGAUUGGCCCCUUUGUUGUUACUAAUGUUUUCCCUCAUGGUGCAGUAGAAAUAAAAAGUGCAGGUACUGACAAAGUCUUCAAGGUUAACGGGCAGCGGCUGAAGUUAUUCCAUGAAAGUCCGGUGCCUGAAGAUGUCAGCAUAGAGGAGCUUUCUUUAGAAGCACCUGACUACGCUGCAACUUGAUCAGGGAGUUUUUUUUUUCCUUCUCUCUACUUUAUUAGUAAUGUCUUUUCAUUGAGGACAAUGCUUAGUUUAAGUGUGGGGGAGGAAAUUGUGUGUUUUAUUUGUUUUUUGUGUGUUAGUAUUUUGUUUAAUUUCAAUAAAAAUUGCAUCUUCUUGAAAGUUUUAGGCUACACACUGAUUUGAGUCGGGUUUGCGGAGACAUGGGAAAAGUUCACAAGAUCGAUAUCGUUCUAACACCGUAAGUCUCCCGCAUACGGAAAUUGAUUUGAAUUUGUUAUUAUGUUUUAGCCUUAAUUUCUCAUUCUUUGACAGCUCUUGAGUAGUUUAUUUCAGCAGUCGGCACCAUCUCUCACACACUUUACGCAGGAAACCGAUGAAUAUAAGUGAAUGUUCCGAAAAGAAAGAAAAGAGAAAAGAAAAAGGUAAUACACCUUCUAAGUUUGGUGAUCCUCACCCGGUCACUUAACCCAACGGUUGUGUAAUCUUUAAAAAAAAAAAAAAAAGUUUUCAAACUCUUUGUUAGUUGGUUCAGCGGUUUCUGGUGCUGAACUUGGUAGGGAGGAUUACGGUCCGAUCCCCCGCAACUACAUCUGAGUAAGCAAAGGGUUAUGCCACGCAAGUACCGGAACCCCGUGCAAAAGGAUCAGAGUCACUAACCGGUUGUCCUGCUAUAAGUGUGUGGAGAUAACGGGCUUAAUGUGAUUGCGCCUGAAUGAAAAAGAGCAAAAAGGAUGAGUAAGUUAGGCUAUGGUAUAAUAAUAUGAUUUGAAUUGGUUUGUGUAUUUAGGAGCCUUAUGUCUGCAUAUUUGUGGUUAGUGUUCUUACGAUGUCCUUAGUGUGCAAGAUUAGUACCUAUCGAUGCAAACUCACCCGAAGAAGAUCUGUAGCCUAUGAUGAGUAACUGUUGAUGUUUUUCUGCUUUCUUUUCAUUUUGCUCGGAGUGCAAAAGUUCAAGUGUGGGGGAAUUUGAUCAGUGCAUUUUUAUGCACGUUCUUCCAUGUUUGUACUCAAGCAUUUCUUCGGUUUGUUUUAUUUAUUUUUAUGUUUUAAUAUGUUUUUAUAUUUUAUUUUAUUUUUGCACUUAUUUGUUUUUCGUAUUAAUUUUUCAGCAAUAACAGUCUGCACGGAAACGAUCAUAUCUGGAGUUCCAGGAGUCCGAUUGAGGCGUUCUAAUAAUCGCCGGAAAGCUAAGAGAAAGAGCUACAAUUCUUAUGUUUGAGUCAAAGUCAGAAUCGGACUGUAGAAGGGCCAGAAUUUGCGUUGAAGUUGCUGCACUAGCUUUAGUUAAGUUUCGGGUUAAUUGGUUUUGGGCCUGGGUCGUAUGUUUGACCCAGUUGGAUUGUAAAACGGGUCGUGGCUUUGACUUAGGUUAGGCAGCCGCGGUUACUGUUCAUCCAUCUUCCAUUCACGAAUUUUAGAGAGCUUUUCACGAUUUGCUAUGGAGAACUAAACCAUCCGGACGGAUUUACUGUAUUCAGGUUCAAUGCUUUGAGUUUGUUAUAACUACAAUUAGAUUUCUAUUCCUUUCAAUAAUAUUAUAUGAUCAUUGUUUGCUUAAUUCGAUUUUCUUAUAAUAUUGUUGAUUUAAUUUGGAUUGAUACAUGUUCUUGAAUUUUGAUCGCAAUUCGACUCUGCUUAACCGUUGAAUUGCGAUAUCUUUAACCGUAUGCUUAAUCCGGCAAUAGGGAUAUAUAUCUUACGAUGUCGAUCACGCUUGUUGAAUGAUAUUGUGUUCAAAUAGGAUAGAGAUCGUAGUUGUAUCAAUCGAUGAUAAGUAGAACCCGAAACAGUGAAUUCGUUUGCAUUUUAAUCACUUAUUUCAAAACAGCUUAUUUUCAGAAUCACUUAUUUUAAGCGCUUUUUCUGUAAUUCGACCACCAAACCAACCCCCCCCCUUAAUCGAUUUAGCUUAUAGUUAAUAAAAAUCAAGAGUCCUUGAGAGACGAUACACGAGUUACCGUUACCGU